CCAUGUCACUGUUUGACCCGCUGCUCCUGUCUCAUGACUGCCUGCUGGCUGACUGAGCUAACACUGAAGCUACCCUGACAAGAAGGAGGACCAGGAAGUGAAAAGACAGCGGCGGUGUGUGCGUCCCGAGCCUCUCCUCCACUCAGCCGCGCUGUUUGCUUUAGUUCGAGCUGGAGGUGAACUACAACUACCACGGCGCACUGAGCCUUACAAGAGCCCGCGGAGGUAACGCUUUAGCAGCUAAAAGGAAGAGCCGUGUGUCCGUGUGUGCCGGAGCGAGCGGAGGGCAGCGGUUGACGUCGCCUCCCCUUGUGUUUGGAAAAAAAAGAAAAAAGAUUGAAGAUGGCGACCAGCUCGGAGCGCAGUCCACCUCCGUUCCCGGACUCCGAGGACCAAGACGUGCUGGACGCUGAGGACGUCGGAGGCCGAGACAGCGAUGAGGAGGACGAAGGGGAAGACAUCUUCAUGGGCGCAAGCAACCCUCCACUGAUCGAAAUGGACCCCACGCUGCCACCUGCCAGUCAGCCCAGUGACGUUUUAAUGAAGCCCCCCGCCGAUAUCAUGAGUGACCCCUUAUUCGAGCCUGUCAGCAGCCAAGCAGAAAACAAACCCACGAGUGAAGAAGUCAGCGAACCCUCGGAUGAUUUUGUCGACCUAACGAAUAACCUAACCGACUCCCCCGAUGACUCAGCCGCAGCUGCGAGUGCCGUUGCAGACGCAGCAAAAGACACAACUGAAAUUCUUCUAGAUGAGCCCACGGAAGACUUUGUUGACAUAUUUGGAAGUGAAACUGAAGCGCCGGGAGAGGAAGUUCUGCUGGCAGAUGUUACGGUCGAGGCAGCAACAGAUAAAAGUGAAGUGACCAACAAUGCCACAGAUCUACCUGGUGAGGAGAAAACAGGAAGUCAUGCUCAACAGGAAGAAAAAGAACCUGGCGCCACCCCUCCAAUCAUCGACCUCGGCCUUGACUUGUCAGCUGGUAACGCACACCAGCCACCUAGCAGUGAUAAAAUUGCUGACCCUUUGGUCGACCUCCUCAGUGCUGCUCCACCUGCUGCUGAAGCCAAAAAGCCCAGCCGGGCGACAGUCGACUUGUUCGAAGAUGACGGCAGCGACUUGUUCAUGGAACCCCGGCAGGCUAAAUCCAGCAAGCAGCCACAGAAAAGCCUCUUUGGUGAAGCUGACGAGGAUCUGUUCAGCGAGCCACUGGGUGCCACCUCGAAGAAAACCGUCAGCAAAGAGCAGAAGGACAAGCCUGUCAUGACAAAAGCUGCUGGGGAUGCUAGCAACAUAGGCGGGCCACUGCAAGACAGUAAUCCUGUAGAGCCUGGUGAUCUUUUCACAGAGGAAGCCAUUGACACAGUGCCCAGCAUCAGAAACACCAGCACUGUCAACUCCAAGACCAACGGAGUCCACUCUGAAGAAGAGACAGACAUAUUUGCUGAAGCCACGGUGGAGCUUUCUCUCGACAGUCCGCGGGAUGAGAGGAAGAAGGACGCGGCGGCCAAACCAUCUGUGUCCACCGCCUCCUCUUCUCUGUCAGCUGCUGCCAGUCUGACAAAGCCACAGUCUGCUGCCCUGGAGGAGUUGGAAGAAGAGGAAGAAGAAGAGCUGGAAGACAAAUUUGACAUCUUUGUUUCUGUCAAAGACCCUGAGAAAAUAGGGGAUGGGAUGAACGCCUACAUGGCCUACAAAGUAUCCACACAGACCUCACUGUCCAUGUUCCGCAACAAGACGUUUACAGUGAGGCGACGCUUCAGCGACUUCCUCGGCCUCUACGAGAAGCUCUCUGAGAAACAUGGACCAAAUGGAUUCAUCGUGCCUCCGCCACCAGAGAAGAGCAUCCUGGGUAUGACAAAGGUGAAGGUGGGAAAGGAAGAUUCCUCCUCUGCAGACUUUGUUGAGAGAAGAAGAGGCGCUCUGGAGAGGUAUCUGCAGCGGGUGGUAAAUCAUCCAUCACUUCUCCAAGAUCCUGACGUCAGAGAGUUCCUGGAGAGAGAAGAAUUGCCCAGAGCAGUGAGCACCCAGGCUCUAAGCGGCGCCGGCUUCCUGAAAAUGAUCAACAAAGCAACAGAUGCUGUCAGUAAAAUGACCAUCAAGAUGAAUGAGUCAGACGUGUGGUUCGAGGAGAAACUGCAGGAGGUGGAGUCUGCAGACCAGCAGUUCAGGAAGCUCCACGCGCUGGUCGAAAACCUGGUCAUCCACAGGAAAGAGCUCUCGUUAAACACGGCCAGCUUUGCCAAAAGCACGGCCAUGCUGGGCAGCGCGGAGGACAACACGGCUCUGUCCCGAGCUCUCUCUCAGCUGGCGGAGGUGGAGGACAAGAUGGAGCAGUUGCAUCAGGACCAGGCCGCGAACGACACCUUCAGCUUUGCAGAAGUCAUCGCAGAUUACAUCCGCCUGCUUGGAGCCGUGAGGGGGUCGUUUGAUCACCGGAUGAAGGCGUGGCAGCGUUGGCAGGAUGCUCAGGCCGUGCUGCAGAAGAAGAGGGAGACUGAGGCCAAACUGCUGUGGGCCAACAAGCCGGACAAACUGCAGCUGGCCAAAGAGGAGAUCGCUGAGUGGGAGGCCAAGGUGACGCAGUACGAGAGAGACUUUGAAAGAGUGUCCGCGACUGUGCGCAAGGAAGUGGUCCGCUUUGAGAAAGAAAAGGCCAAGAAUUUCAAAAGACAGGUCAUUAAGUACUUGGAGGCUCUGCUUCAGUCUCAGCAACAGCUGAUCAAAUACUGGGAGGCUUUCUUACCAGAAGCAAAAGCAAUCGCCUAAUGGUCGAGCACCAGCCUUUUGACGACCGAGCAGGCUGCCUUCUUCUUAUACACUUUACCUCUUGCCUUUAAACCAAGGAAAAUGCGCGCAUUGUAAAGGGAGAAACAAUCAACCUGUUUUUUUAAUCACCUUUAACAUAUAGCUCUGUAUACUAUUGUAUUAAUAAUUGUAUAUUUUCAUUUAACCUUCCACAAAUAUUUUCUUAUUAGAUGAAAAAAAAAAAGAGUUUGCAUAUACAAAGAUAUGGACACAAAGAGAGAAGAGUGUAGAUGAAUGAUUCCAUUACUUUCCACAGGAGAAGGGAAAUGAACAGAGUCGCUUGUUCUCAGGAUUUUCUCCGUCGUGUGAUCAGGAGCUCCUUCACAUCAGCAGUGGUUCAUUGUUUACAGCGCGGCUGCUCUCUCAUCACACAUCUCUGGGGACCCAGAUGAAGAAAGCGGCCAAGAGUCUCGCUCUGUUUCUUCUUUUUUAGUGACUCAAAGGGAUAAAAAAAAAAAAAGCAAAAAAAAAAACAGUUAAUGAAUAUAAGAAUUAUGAACUUCCACCAGGUGGAUUAAGUACUUAAGUACCAGCCAUGUUUGACCUUUUUUUUUUUUGUUUCUUUCACAUUUAAAAUGAUGCUGAUGGGAGGGGGUGCAGGGUGUCAAGGCAUUAGAUUAGCAGGGUCUACAGCUGUGGUCAAGGGAUGCAUUGUAGGUCAAGCUUGUGAGUUUCAUGUUUUAGAUCGGAUUUCAAUCAUAGUGCAAACUUCUAACUACACGAUGUCUGUGCCUUUUUAAGUCCGAACGGUGUUUUUUGGUGUAAUCCAGCCUGAGAGGAAGUCCAUGUGCAGAGGCUUGUUAAUGACUUCAACAGCAGCCAUAAUGAUAUGAGUGUUAGUGCUGAGGUUUAAAAACAAUACUGGUGUUUUCAUGUUACAUUUACUGCAAAUUAAGUGUUUGUUUGUUUUUACAUUCCAGUCAGUCUUUGAUUCUCUACUGUAUGAAAAUCAGAGCCAGCAGAGAUUUAAAACGAGUGAACAUCAUGUCCGAGGUUGUGUGUGUCAUCACUGUGUGGUAAUUCAUUACUGUAAGUGACAUUUUACCGAGCAACAGUGACUAACUUGUAGUAAAUGCUGAUGUCGGCUGUAUGGAUGAGCUUUCUCAAUCAAGUUUCACAUCUCUUCAAGGAGAUUUCAUGCUGUAGUGAAAUGUAAUCUUGAAACCAAAGGCUGCCUGGAUGUUAGGAUUCUGCAACUAACACUUAUUUUCAUCAUCAGUCAUUUUCUUUAAUCAUUUUCUAUAAAAUGGUCCGGUGUCGUCUUUAUCUGACUAGCAGUUUGAUUAUUAAAGGCACCCUGUGGAGUUUUUGAGCAGUUACGGAGCGAUGUUUUAAAGGUUGGCUCUCCGUUUUUGUUACGAUCUCACACACAGUCCUGCCAACACAUGCCAAGGAUGACAGAAAUGUGCCAACAGACAUUUGUUAGACCUAUAAGAUGCACUUUGGUGAGAAAUGAUGGACGUAAACUUUGUUGACAAAAAAGCAAAAUCCACAGGGGACCUUUAAGUUCCAAAAAACAGAAAAGAAGCAAAUCUUCACAUGACUAAUCAACACUAAACAAUACUGUGAUUUCUAGUAAAUGUACAACAUGUCAAAAAAAAACACCAGGAUGGUCCUUAACAGAAACUCACACAAGGUGCUGACUGGGCUUUUUUUAUUUUGACUCGUAGCCAUGAGAUUAAUGUCAAAUACUAAACGUACUGAUGUCAUAGUGAACCUUCUUCCCUGCAGCCUCACUCUGCAGUCUGACAGCUUUUAACAUCAAACAGUAACAAACCUGCAUCACAGCUCCACGUCACGGAGCUGCCGUCUUUUGAUUACAGCUUUAAUUUCACGUUUGCACACACACUAUCGUUCACUGUCGUCACUGAACUUGCAGACAUUUCUUUGUUUUCUCUCUUUCUGUUUUUCUUUGGACAGUGUGAUGCACGCUUGCUUUCAACUGUUGUUAGACAGCACUCAAAGAAAACUGUUUGCUGGUGCGGCCUCAUACUGUAUGUCUUCACUUGUCAACGUGCAGAGCAAUGUCAGCAAUGUGCACUGUCAGAGAUUUCUUUUAAAACAAAAUCAAUAAAAGUUGCACUGUUUACACUUGGAAAUUUCAUGAAGAA